UGCACUAAGGUAAUGGGGGGAGUCCCCGCAUAUAUGAUCAGUAAAAGAAAAGAAUCUCUAUAUCACUCUCUCUUCUUUUUCACUCCAUUUUUAACGAGAGCAACCUCAGACUUGCCGGCCUUCCCAUUUAUUUUCUUUCUCCCUUCCACAACUAUCCAUUCAUGGCGAAAGCCUCUCAAGACACCUCCAAAAUACACUUCCACUGGACCAAAAAAGUUGGAACCGAAGACGACGAUGUCGAACAACCUUCAACUUUCAAGCAGCCAAAUUCAAACCCCAGUGAUCAACAAGACAAGAAGCAUGAAAACAUCAAAGUUAAAACCCAUGUGGGUGUUCCAACCCCCAGGAAGAAGCUUCAAGCAGUUGCAAUCGCAAGGCUUCGAGCUGUUCUAACUGCUUUUGGGAAGAACCGUUCCAACCCGCCCUUUGGAGGUCUUCUUGGACCUCGAGUUGUCGGCACCCUUUUUGGUUCCAGGCGUGGCCAUGUUCACUUUGCUUUUCAGAAAGAACCCAAUUCCCCACCAGCUUUCCUCGUUGAACUCGCCACACCCAUUAGUGUCCUGGUUCGAGAAAUGGCGUCUGGGUUGGUACGCAUUGCUUUGGAGUGUGAUAAAAAAGACAAUGAAGAGAAAAAGGCUGUGAGAUUACUGGAAGAGCCAGUGUGGAGAACUUACUGCAAUGGAAAGAAAUGUGGGUUUGCAACAAGGAGGGACUGUGGGCCUAAAGAAUGGAAGAUCCUUAAAGCUGUUGAACCAAUCUCCAUGGGAGCUGGGGUUUUACCACUGACUGAACCAGAAGCUGGCGAUGGUGAGCUAAUGUAUAUGAGGGCUAAGUUCGAGAGGAUUAUUGGGUCAAGAGAUUCUGAAGCUUUCUAUAUGAUGAAUCCUGAUAGCAAUGGAGCUCCUGAACUUAGUAUCUAUUUGCUUAGAGUGUGAAAGUCGUCACCAAUGGAAGCUCUGAAUUAAACCAACUUCAUUUUCAAUGUAUUUUCCCUUUUUUUUUUUUGGAGCUUGAAGAAGGGGUAUACCAGAUUGAUAUUUUAUCUUUCUUUUUUACUGUACUCUACGGCCAUGGAAAUGGAGGUCUCUAGUUUCUUUGUAUUCUUUUUAGUUUAGAUGGAGGGGUAAUACAUUAUAAAUAUUUAUGUAUAGUUUUCUUCUUCAAUGCUUUACCAAAGUAAGACAUUGAAGAUUGAGCUUAGUGCAAUCAAUCAUUAUCUUUGCAUUA